AGCAACAAGCAGAAACAUGGCAAGAACCAAGCAAACCGCCCGUAAAUCUACCGGAGGUAAAGCUCCCAGGAAGCAGCUGGCCACCAAGGCUGCGCGUAAGAGCGCGCCUGCCACCGGCGGCGUGAAGAAGCCUCACCGUUACAGGCCCGGUACCGUGGCUCUGAGAGAGAUCCGUCGCUACCAGAAAUCCACGGAGCUGCUGAUCCGCAAGCUGCCCUUCCAGCGCCUGGUGAGAGAGAUCGCUCAGGACUUCAAGACCGACCUGCGCUUCCAGAGCUCCGCUGUCAUGGCUCUGCAGGAGUCCAGCGAGGCUUACCUGGUCGGCCUCUUCGAGGACACCAACCUGUGCGCCAUCCACGCCAAGAGAGUCACCAUCAUGCCCAAGGACAUCCAGCUGGCCCGCCGCAUCCGUGGAGAGAGAGCUUAAACUCUGUCCCGCUGCUGCUCCACUAUCCUCCACCUCAACGGCUCUUUUAAGAGCCACCUCACUCUCAACUCUAGACAACAGUCCUCUGCUGCCUCAACAUAUUUAAUAAUGGAUACAAGUUUCCUAACAUUACAUAUUUUCUUCUACUAAGAAUAAACAUUUUUUGAUUGCAGUAUCAUGAAGAUCGAAGCUGUCAUGGGAUCACCAAUACAACCAUUGUUCAAACUCCCAUUACAGUACAGUUGGCAUAGGAAGUGAGAAUGUGGCCUUGUUUCGUAUUUAAAGACAUUUGACCUUUUAUUUAAUAAAUGCCAACUGCUGAUUAACAAAGGUGCUAUUGUUUAACAUUAUCCGAUAAGAAUCCGCACCCAUUUAUCCUCGAAGGGAAAUUAUGGGGGACACAAAACCGACUCACACACCCAUGUCACCAUGUGACCUAUGGCGUUAAUGGCAGGAAAUCGUAAGAAUUUCAUAUUAUAUGAGGUGAUACUAAUAGCAGCUUAUUUCUGAAUGUCUUGGUAAGUAGCUUGUAAUAAUUGUGAUAAUUAUGAUGUAUGGAUAAAGGGAAGCAACUUUGACCAUGAAUCAUCCACUAGGUUGACUCUGACACUCAUUUUAUUUUGUGACUCUUGAGGACAAACCACCAAAUAAAACAUUGGUCUGGUCAGACAGGUCAGACAUUUUCA